AUGAAUAUUGAUAAGAAGCAAAAUGAGAAAGUAUCUAAAAAUAUGCAUAAAGAAGUAAAUCAACCAGAAAUACCAACCAAUGAACCAGAAACAUCAAAUAAUCCCACUUCUUCAAGUGAAUUACCCUUAGAAAUACGGCAUAAACCAAGUCUACCCAAAGAAACCAUACAAAAACAAGAAUUAAAUGAAAAAUCAGAAUUACCUAAAAUGGAAAUAUCUUCAGAUAAAACUAUAAAUACAAAAAAUAAUGAAAAUUUUUUAUUCAAUCAAGAAAUCCCAGAAGAUCCCUCGCUUAAAGAUCUUGAAGAUUUCUUUAGUAACUUAGACUGUUCAAAUGGGAGUGUAAAGGAGUUCCUUAACAGUGCACAUGAUGUAAUUAAUGAAGUAAUGUAUGACAGAUUAUCACCUAUUACUGAAGAAGAAGAGAGAGCACCAGAAGAAGAGGCAGAAGACAAGGAGCAAGAGGAAGUAAGAGUAGAUGGGGUAGAAGCAGUCAUUACACCAGAAGAAGACAUGGAAGGAGUAAGAGUAGCAGAAGACAUGGAGGGAGUAAGACUAGAUGAGGCAGCAGAAGAGAGGAGACUAGAUGAGGCAUGUAUAUCAAAAGGGACAGCUACUGAUAGUGUAAUUAUUACACCAGAAGAGGCAGUCAGUCAUGCAGUAGAUCAGUCAGGUAUACAUAGUAAUACAGUUAAUACAGUCAGUCAUGCAGUAGAUCAGUCAGGUAUACAUGCAGUAGACCAGUCAGUGUCUGAUAAUAUGAGUAGUACAGGUGUAAGUAGUCAUACGGCCAGUAAUAGUAGUACAGUAACUAAUAUUGUAUAUGAUAUGGCCAAUACAGGUAUAAGUAGUCAUACAGUUGAUCCGGUCGUUGAUGGUGUAAGUGGUGGUGUAAGUGGUGGUACAGUUGAUCCGGUCGUUGAUGUAGUAAGUGGUGAUCCGGUCGUUGAUGGUUCAUUUCCUGUUGUAGAAUUAGUCACAGAAGAAGAAUUGGCUAAUAUGCCUGAACUUAUUACACAAAAAGUAAAAAGUAAUAAGAGUGUUGUUAUAUCUGAUAUAGUAGAAGAAUUUAUUAUUAUAAAACAAGAAGAAGAAACAGAACCAGAACCAGAAGUAUCCAAGACUUUUAAGACAAUAUCCAUAAUAUUAUUAAUUAUUUUUAUAAUUAUUGGUACUAUAAUAUUAUUAAAUCCUAAUAAUAUAGUACACAAUUAGCAAUAAAUAAUACUUAUUACACAUAUACUACUAUAUAAUACACAUACUAUAACC